CCUACGUGAAAAAGAAAUGAAGAAAGCUCAAACGCGGAAACAAAGCGGAGGAACCCGCUCUACCACUACCUCGAAAAUACGGCAGAAUUCGUAAUAUUUAUUAUUAUUUUUUUUUUAAGAAAAAAGAAACCCCUAACCCCCAGGCUGCCUCUAUUGUGUGCGGUGGAGCCGCGGGCGCGCCCGGGGCCGCGCUGCGCGGUGGGUGCGCGGUCUCUGCGCGGCCCGCCCAGGGGUUUCUGAGGGUUUUCGUGCGGGGGGUGUGCGUGUGAAAUGUUGGGGUUUGAUGACAUCACGGGGCCGGAGUUGCCCAAUCAGCUGGCGGGUGGCGGGGAGGGCUCGCUGGGGUGUUCCCGGGAAUAAACCGGCCGCGGCGGCAGGGCCGCGAGUGCGGAGCCCGGGGAAGGGGGAAGACGAGGAGUCGAGCGCCGGUACAGGCGGAGGAACUGGGUGUUUGGAAGAUGUUGCAAACCAUUGACUGGAGCGUUUGAAAGGGAGAUCGACUGCUUUGCCUUUUUUUUUUGCCUUUUUCUUCCCCUCCCCCCUUCUCCACCUCUCCGGAGGGGUAGGGAUGUGUGUGAUCAGGGAGUGGAAACAAAUAUGUCCUUAUUUUCAAUGCCCCCUUUGAAAGAGAAGAAGUAAAUGCUCCUUGCAAAAUGUUCCUGACCUGCGAAGGGACCUUCGGAAUUGUUCCAGCCACCAUGGAUUACAAUGGGGAAGCCAGGCCGGGGGAUUUUCAUGCUGGCUAUCAAGAAAUCGAAGGGAUAAACUUGGGAUACUUACAGAUCAAUGGCACCCAGAUGUUUGCUUUGGCCCAGGUCCUCAGCGACCUGUUUAAGGAUAUCCCCAGGACCACCAUCAGCAAGAAGAUGGAAACCUUAAAGAUAAAGAGCCGACGCUGCGAUCUCAAAGAGCUCCGGACCCUCAAAGCCAUCAACUCGGUGCCCACCCGCGCAGUGAAGUGUUCCCUCAUCUCCAAGGCGGACCUGGAGGCUCUUUGCACCUCCUGCAAGAGCCUCAGCCCCCGGAGGAGGAAGAGGAAAAGGAAAAGCAAGAGGAGGGAGCAGCUGCUGCUGCCGGACCCGGGGGAGCUCUUCCCCUGUCCCCGGCCCCAGCUGCUGCCGCCCUGCAGAGCCGGCGGCUGCUGCUCCCCCCCGGCCCCCGCCCGCCCCAAACUGCCCCCCGCUUUCCCCAAGCCGCGCUCGGCACCGGCCGCGCUGCUCCCGCAGCCUUUCCACAGGGCCUUCCCCGCCUUCGAGAAGCCGCCUCGGGGCCGGAGGGGUUACGCUCUGGCGGGUCGGGGGGGGCUCUUUGCCGGUGUCCUGGCCGGGUACCCCCGCGACUUGACGCUGCUGCAUCCCGCGGCCGCGCAUCCCGCUGUGCAUCCCGCCGCGCUCGCCCAGCCGGGCCGGCGCAAGCGGGGGCCCUGCUGUGCCAAGGGGCUCUUCCCGGCGGAGAAGGGGUCCGCGGCCGCCAGGAAAAGCCGCUCCUCCGUCUUCCCCUGCUCCAAGAGGCAGGGAACCUCCGCCGGCUACUCCAGCGACUCGGACUCCAGCCUGGACUUCGGUGGGUCCAGCCCCGCCACGUCCAGCGACUCGUCGGAGGAGGAGGAGGAAGAGGAGGAGGAGGAGGAGGAGGAGGAAGGGGACAGCUCGUGCAGCAGCGAGGAAGGCAGCUCCUCGGAGUCGGAGAGCAGCUCGCUGUGCAGCGGGGACUCGGUGCAGAGCACCCGGUACAGACAGGCGGCUCUGCCCCGCUUCCAGCCGCAGCCCCCCCGGGAGCCCCUCAGUGAGGAGCGCCCCGCCGAGCCCCCCCCGAGCGUGGGCAAAGCCCUGCGCCCCGACCCCAACCUCCUCUUCCUCUCGCAGCAGCUCUGGGCCAGGACUUUGCGAGCAUCAACUUUGGAAAGUUUGAGCCCAGUUCUAGCCCUAGGCUCAGGGGCCCAGUCGCUGCCGGAGCUGUACGCAAAGCAGGAGGCCUCCCCUUCCUCCUCCUCCUCCUUCUCCUCCUCCUCCUCCCCCCCUCCCUCCCCGAGCAGCACCCCUGGGGGGGCUCCGCAACAAAAGGAGGGAGGCUUUGGGGACGCGGAGCCCUGCGCCAAAGGGAAGGAUUUGCACAAAGAUGCCUCGAACAAUAGAGCCUCGUUAGGCCCCAGUGACCAGGCAGAGAGGCAAAGCGGAGCUUUAACCGGGCGAGCGCCUUCCCCAGAGCCGGUCCCGGGCUCGGUCCCUCAGCCCCCGGCUCAGGAGCCGCCGGGGAACCUCGACCCGUCCCCAGCCGGGGAAACGGGGGAGCCCCGGCGGGAGCACUUUGACCGGCUGAUCCGGCAAUCCAAGCUGUGGUGUUACGCCAAAGGGUUCAACCUGGACGGGAAAAGUUUGCGGCACGGAGGGAGGACGGAGCCUUGUAAAGCCGCAGAGCUCAAAUCCUCCGGCUCCAAAAGAGCAGAGAGCCCCAGCACCUUGUCAAACAAAGCUUUGAAAGGCAAUGGCUCGGAAAGGAAUGCCAAGCGCAGACGCCUUGCCAGAGGCGCUGAGGCAGAAAGGCAACAGAGCUCCUCUAAAGGGAGGCCACAAAAGACUCCGAGGAGAAAUGCCAAAAAGGGAAACACUCACUGCAAACGCCUCGGCAGCGCUGGGCCCACCCCGCCUCGGAAUUCCUUCAGCCUCAUGGGCAACUUCCCCUGUAUUCCCUCCCUGGUCGUGGGGGAAGAUGGGGACCUGUGUCCUGCCUCCUCCUUGGGGGUUAAAAACUCCUGGGUCCUCUCCAAAACUCACCCGCUGUGGAGCUGGCACUUGGGGGGCAACGCCAUCCCGGUGCCCCCCAGCCUCAAAUUCCGGGGCUAUAGCUUGGAGGAUCUCUAAGGACAGCGCACGGCCCGGAGGAAAGGUUUACAUGCAACAGAUGAGAGCUGCAGGGGGGACGGGAAGGGGUCCCGGGCGGGGCGGCCGGGCCGGGGUGCCCCGGGGGCUGAGGGGGGGCCAGCGGACCCUCCGUCCCGCCGACCCCCGGGGCCGCUCUCGCUGGGAGUGUCCGGCAGGAGGUGGGUGCCCGGAGGAGCCUUGGGGGUCCCGGGGGGGUGGGGAAGCGUUUCGGGGGGGGGUGCGAGUGUAUGCACGGCUUCGGCUGGGGGGAGGACGGAGGCUUUCCCCGCUCUGGGAUCAUUUUUUGUCCAUGUGCCAGGGUCCGAUGUUGCUUUCGCGAUGAGUUUUAAGGGACGAAGCUAAAACACGCGAUCAAACCCGGGGUAGGGGGCGGACGGACGCCUUCCCACCCCCCUAAACCCACCCCUCCACUCUCUGCUGCCAAACGCGAUGGGUUAUUCCCAGGAAAGGGAUUUGGGAUGAACCGCAGCUCGGAGGGGAGGGAAGGGGCUCCCGGCCCCGCUCCCGCGGCCCCUUCUCCCCUCUCUCUCUAGAUACCAAAAAAAAACCCACAGAAAACGAGGAAAGAAUAGGUCCAAAUUCUCCCUUUUCCUCCAUAAAUGCGUUGGAUUAAACUAAUAAUAAUCACACGCAGAGAGAAAUAAUGAUAUCACGCAGCACAAACACUCCUUUUCGGUCCGAUUCAAUCCCGGCGAAAUUGGGAGCAGCUACUCCAAAUAACUAUAUUAAUAGCGAUGUAAUGUUUUCUGUCUGCUUAAGAGCCAGGAAGAAAACACCGACUUUAAAAAGAGCAGGAAAUUCUGUUUGUUAAAAGAAAACAGGAGGCUUUGAGGAGAAGUUAUUUGAAACCGCUGCAUGUAUAUUAAAAAGGAAAGAAAAAAAGAAAGAAGUGAGUUGUUUGCUGGAUAAUAACCCCAACUCUGAUAGCCUAAAGGUAGCAGGCCUGUAAAAGCUUUACGGGCACAAGAAAUGGGAUCCAGGAGCAUUAGCAAUAGGGUACAGAUGGACAAUUUGAUCCCUCCCGAGCUCCGGGGUGGAAUGCGGGGAAGAAUGCGGGGGGAAUGUCCCUCUGCUCUGCAGAGGAAAUCAUAUCCCAGUUUAACUUUUCUUGCAAACCAGUGGCUUUGUAACUGGCUCUUUUGACUAUUUCUGAUGUGAUUUCCACCCCACUUUGGCAUCAAAGCCCGACGGGCUCUCUGAAGUCCGCUCUGUUUUGGAAACGUUGGGUAAAUCAAAGCUGAUUUUUUGAUGGGGGGGAAUGUGGGGGAGGUUCUUUUUCAUUCCCUCUUUGCAGCAGCAAAUCCUCGCAGCCCACGGCCGGGGAUCCCGCUCUGGGAUUGCUCUUUUCUCCCCCAAAUCUCUUCACAGCGCCCUUUUCUUCCCGUGGAAAAGGAAACGAAAGGAGAAUAAUCGCAAAAUUCAAAAGAAAAUAUUCAGAUCUGGCCCGGCCCGUUUUGAUUUUUGUUUUGUUGCUUUAAUUCCAUCAGCGCGUAAAAAAAGCGACAUUUUUAAGCUCAAGCGUAUUUUGCAUCUAUUAAGCGAUGUUUUUCUUGGAGGUGGCGAAUUGUUGCUAAAAGCGAUGUUUGUUUUAUUUGGGUUUUUAGCGGGUUUUUUGGUUUAGUGCGUUUUCUUGUUUACUUCACCCGUCCCUCUCAUGCUGAGCAAAAGAGGGGGAUUUCUCCUGCCUCCCAAAUAUUCACGUUUUAUACCCGCGGUUACCAACAAAAUAUGAAAGACCAACAACCAAACUGUGUAGGAGCCACAAAAGCCGAUUUGGGGGAGUUUGCCCGUUUUCCGUGUUAAUUCCGGAGCACGAUCGCUCUCUCCCUUCCCUCCCCCGAUCCCCCCAAAUCCGUGUUGGGUUAAAAAUGUAUUUUCUAGGAAAAACCAAUAAAAUAUAAAGGAAAGGCCGGUGGGACGGAGCGGUGCGGGAGGGACACUCGGCCGCACAAAGCGGGGAGCGGGCAGGAAAUAAACCCAUGAGAUCCGCGCUGGGGAUGAACGCUAAAAUAUUAUAUAUAUAUAUAUAUAUAUAUAUAUAUAUAUAUAUUUAAAAGAAAGGAAAAAAGGCAGCAGACCGCAGCUCCGUCUGCCGCGGGCAGGACCAGCCAAAUAACUCAGGACUAUUUUCUAAGGGGUAGAAACACCUCGGGAAGGGCGUGCGGGGGGUGAGCGGCACCCACGCGUGUGCAGCUCCCCCGACAUUUCCCUCUGUGUAUAUCUGUGCGUUUGUAGCAGUGGGUGUGUGGAAACACACGGCUUUUCACCCACGCUGCGUGUGCGGACGUUCAGGCUCGACACGCCCGGACACAUUUCUCUGCUCGCACAUUCCGUGCGGGUUUCUGCGUAUAAUGCAAGGGGUUUGUGAAUACGAUGCAAAAUACCUCAUAACUUUCCGCACAAACGCAUCCCCAACGGCUCCCCCAGCAGCACAACCAUCCCGUUCGCAAGGAGCAAGAAUAAUCCUAAAACAAUAAUAAUCCCCCAUUUGUUUUUAAAGGCGUUGUAAGGAAAUUAAGCGAUUAAAAAUAAAGAAAGUAAUCUUCCUAGCAACCCUCCAGCAAGGGGCUGGAGAAGAGGGUGGCGAUGCAUCGAAAGUAAAAUAAAGAAGCGUUAAAAAUAAUAAAGAAAGAAAAGACAAACUGUUAUCUAAAAUAGCGCGUUUUGGACUUAAAAAAUGAGCAAGGCCAAGCGGCCGCUGGUUGGAAGAAGCGAAACCUCUGCGGGACACAAUGAGCCGGGGGAGGGAGCGGUUGGAGCGAGCAAACUAGUUCUGGUUUGGAGUAUAAGAUCGACUCGCAUCGCCAGGACCGGAUAAAGGGUAGAAAGGCACCUUUAUAACAUUGGUGACGUUGCUUUAUUUCCAAACGGGUGCAAAAGAAGCAAAAACUGAUUUUUUUCCCCCAUAAUCACGUUGGUGUAGGUAGGACAAAAUGGCAAGUAUAUUGUAAAAAUAAAAAAAUAAAGAAAACUUUUAUUAAAAGGUGCUGCUUUUAAAAAUGCAGCCUGCUUUAGACUCAGGAAAAAUCUCAGCUUGGAUGCGGUGUGGUGCUUUGUAAUCACGGUUUGUAAGGGUUUAUUUGGGGGCUGGGGGGUUCAGGGACCUUUGCUCUCUCUUUGCGUUGCUGGAUUAAAAAUCCCCAUCCAGUGGGUUGAAAAAUGUGAGUCACUUCAUGGGUGUUUCUGUGCUGGACCCCCAGCCCCAGGGAUGCUUCUCCCAGGGAUAGUUCAUUUUUGGGGGGUGCUGUGGAUGGGGAGGGGAGUUAUUUCCCUGCUGCCUCCCUCCCCCUCGGCCUCAUACAUCGAAAAAUAACCACCCAGGGGAAGAAAGAACCUUUUCCAGCCAUGUAUUGGGUUUUCCGUUUCGAUUUACUGUACCUUUAUUUAUUUGAAGUUGUUGUAAGUAUAUGACGAUGAAAGUGUUAAUUCCUGCGUGCAAUAUGGAAUCUAGGCUGAGAAAUAAAUACCUUUUCUUUUUCUUUUUUAAA